AGGAAGCGUGGCGGCGUGACCGGCGUGAGCUCGCCGCCCUCGGUCUCGUCGGAGGCGAGGCGGCGGAGGCAGCAGGCCCCGUGCACGCCGGCGGCGGUGGCCGCCGCCGGCCAUGCCGCCACGGGCGGGCGGCCACAUGCCUGCGAGGCCGGGGACAGCCUCAUGGACGACGCCUUCUUGCUCGGAGGCGACAGCUUCGGGCGGCCCGCGACCUCGGCGUCGUCGAGGGACGCGUUCGGGCCCGCGGCGCCCUCCGCGUCGGCGGCCAAGGUUCAGCUGAAAGCCGAAGAGGAUAAUGAGGAGCAGGAGGAAGACGGCGGUGCGAAUCUCAAGGAGGACGCGGCUCAGCUGAAGGCCGAGACGGAGGAUGAAGCUCUGCUGCAGGCCGCAGAGGAUGCGCGGUUGAAGGCCGAGGAGGGGGGAAUCCAGCUGAAGACCGAGGAGAAGGCCAGGCUGAAGGCCCAGGAGGAGGCCCAGCAGAAGGCUGAGGCCGAGGCGGAGGCGCGGAAAGCGGAGGAGGCCAAGCUGAAGGCCGAGGCAGCGGCGCGGUUGAAGGCCGAGGAGGAAGCGCGGUUGAAGGCGGAGGAGGCCGCGGCCAAGCUGAAGGCCGAGGAGGAGGCCAGGCUGAAGGCCGAGGCCGAGGCGGAGGCGGAGGCGCGGAAAGCGGAGGAGGCCAGGCUGAAGGCCGAGGAGGAAACGCGGUUGAAGGCCGAGGAGGCGGCCCGGCUGAAGGCCGAGGCCGAGGCAGCGGCGCGAAAAGCGGAGGAGGCCAGGCUGAAGGCCGAGGAGGAAGCGCGAUUGAAGGCCGAGGAGGAGGCGGCCCAGCAGAAGGCCGAGGAGGAGGCCCGGCUGAAGGCCGAGGCCGAGGCGGAGGCGCGGAAAGCAGAGGAGGCCAGGCUGAAGGCCGAGGAGGAAGCGCGGUUGAAGGCCGAGGAGGAGGCUGCCCAGCUGCAGGCCGAGUUGGAGGCCAGGCUGAAGGCCGAGGCCGAGGCGGAGGCACGAAAAGUAGAGGAGGCCAGGCUGAAGGCCGAGGAGGAAGCACGGUUGAAGGCCGAGGAGGAGGCCAGGCUGAAGGCCGAGGAGGAAGCACGGCUGAAGGCCGAGGCGGAGGCCCGGGUGAAGGCCGAGGCCGAGGCGGAGGCGCGAAAAGCAGAGGAGGCCAGGCUGAAGGCCGAGGAGGAAACACGGUUGAAGGCCGAGGAGGAGGCCAGGCUGAAGGCCGAGGAGGAAGCGCGGCUGAAGGCCGAGGCGGAGGCGGCCCUGCUCAAGGCCGAGGAGGAGGCCAGGCUGAAGGCAGAGGCCGAGGCGGAGGCGCGGAAAGCAGAGGAGGCCAGGCUGAAGGCCGAGGAGGAAGCACGGUUGAAGGCCGAGGAGGAGGAGGAGAAGGCGGCCCAGCUGCAGGCCGAGGCCGAGGAGGAAGCGCGGAAAGCAGAGGAGGCCCGGCUGAAGGCCGAGGAUGAGGCGGCCCAGCUGAAGGCCGAGGAGGCGGAGGCGGCCCAGCUGAAGGCCGAGGCCGAGGCGGAAGCGCGGGAAGCGGAGGAGGCCAGGCUGAAGACCGAGGAGGAAGUGCGUUUGAAGGCCGAGGAGGCUGCCGCGAAGCUGAAAGCCGAGGAGGAGGCCGUGCUGAAGUUGGAGGGCGCGCAGAAAGCGGCCGCCGUGGAGACGCCGGGUGGGGAUUCAGGCGGCGCAGGCGCAGAAGAGGUGUACACGCUCGAGCAGCUCACGGACAGCACAGUCUGGCAAAAGCUCAACGUUGUGGCCACGCAGCGCGAGGUGUACCUGAGCCAGCCCGUGUUUGAGGAGCUGUUCGGAAUGGGCAAGGAUGACUUUGCGAAGCUCCCAAAGUGGAAGCGGGAUGGCGCCAAGAAGAAGCACGGCCUCUUCUGAGGCGGGCGGCCCCCCGCUCCCGCCCCGCGUCCCCCCCUCCCGCGGCAGAGGGGGCGGCGACGGAACA